GAUUAUCAGAAGUUAGAAAUAUACAUCGCUGCGGUGCAGUACGGACCCCGCAAUUUCACAACAUUUGUAACAAGGUGAUACCGGGCCUUACAAGCAACUUAUACUAAGCCAAGUUUAACUUACCCUAUUAGCGUGCAGGCCUUUCAACCCUGUCGAUAGACCACAAAUCAUUUGACGAGGGCCAUUCAAGGCAGCUCAAGAAGAAAUAAUCAAGUUUUGCUCCACUGGUGUCAACUCGCGACGAAAAAUGAAGUCAAACGGAUCUAUUAUGUCCACUACACAAGUGCAGUCAGCUAUGCUAAGCAUAUCAGAGGGAAUCUUUGCAACGUCACUUUCUGAAAAGAACAGUUUGACGCUGAAGGAGUCAGUUAAAUCUUGCACAGAGGAAAAUGCCUCAGAUGAGAAGACAACGGCAGAUUCGUUUAAUACCGGUACAAAACCCAUGGAAAAUAUGCUUGGAAAACUAUUGAGAAAAAGAAGGCACUCUGCAACACCAGCGCCACUGCCUAAAGACUCAUCGACUAGGCCUAGACCGAGACACACAAAAUCGUUAACAGAGAUUGAAGUUAACACCGAAAUAAUCGAUGGGCUCUUCACAACGACUCUCUGUUCCACAGAACUUUGAACGUUUUCGGUGAACUACAAAAACUUGUCAGUCCUAGUAAAAUAAAAACUUUUCGUCGUUUUUUAUGGAAUUGGAAUGCCUUGAUGAACUUGAGAAAUGAGACCGCAGACUCGAGAGUAACCGAAACAGUGCAAAAUAGACAUUUGCAGGAGUUUACUCUGUCAAUUUAACUUAAACGUGAAGCCAAAAUCAGCUUUGCUAUACGACGAGUCAUCACGGGUUAUACGUCAUGUACAUAAUGAUAAACGUUCACUCAUGUUUUAGUAAUUUUAGACUACGGAGAUCGAAAAUCACGUGCGUGAUUGCAAAACUUUAAUACAUAAAAAUCUGAAUGUACACAGAUCCAAGGUGUAACGUGUAUUUUUAUAGCGAGCUUAAAAUAUUAAGCAUAAUUAUUUCCAAGAUCGCUAUGUAAACAAAUUGAUAAACUCGGUGAGACCAUUAAAAAUUUUAUUCUGGUAUAUCCGGCUUGGCUCUUAAAGCACUAACCGAAUAAUGAACGUUUCUGGGCAUGUACUUUCCUGUGGUACUGUUUAUGGUUGUUUUUCAAGGUACAAAGUGGUUCCAACUUUUACUCUGUGGACAUCCCUAUUGAAGCGGAAUGAUCUUCUUAUCACGCAGGCAUAACUUUUCUGUCGAGCUGUUUAUUCUGGUGUA